AUGGACAUGUCCGCUUUUCAAUCACCGACCAUGCCAGACCACCAAGGGUCGUAUAUGGACUCGCCGGCGGUUACUCCCGGGCUUGCUUACGAGCAACCGUUGUCUACAGGACCAAUAUCUCCCUAUCAAAACCAAUCAGCCAAUGCUGCAAUGACUGCAAACAGCUACGAGAUGCAAAAUUGGUUUGCACAAUCCGCAAGACGUGACAGCAGGUUUAGAAAGGCCUUCCCACGUCGGAGGUCAUUGUACUCCAGAAACUCUGGUGUGCCGAUCUUGAUACCGAAACAGCAAAACACUGAUUGGUCGGCCUUGGACCCAUUACAACGCUGGCAAAAUAGUCCACCUGAGAACGAACCAGCAUCAUUGUCCGCCAUCAAUCAUGCGGUAGCUUCAAACGACCUCGAUCGGCAUCUCACUGUGAGCUCGGCAAACAGUAGUAGAGUCAGUACGCCAGGCGUCGAAGCUCAAGGCUUUGGUUAUGCCGCUCGUCGAACAUCAAGGCCUGCUUCCAUAAGCAGUCUCGAGAGUGUUACAUCAAAUGGCUCAAUGGACUCUAUAUUAUCAGGUCGCUCGGGUAACUCUCGUAUUUCUGCGAGCUCAAAUCAUCGUAACACUGCUCGUAGCAAGGUUACUAAAUCUCGAGCCCGACCGGGAACUGGUAACGACGAUCGACCCUUCCAAUGCACAUUCUGCUGUGACACUUUCAAGAACAAGUUCGACUGGUGUCGUCAUGAGAAGUCGCUACAUCUGAACCCUGAACAAUGGGUUUGUUCCCCUGAGGGCGAGGUGGUCACCUGCCCGUCAUCAGGCGAUCCUCUUUGCGCUUACUGCUUAGUCCCUCAACCAAGCAAAGAACACCUAGAGAGUCACAAUUCUACUGCUUGCGCAUACAAGAGUAUUGAAUCUAGGAGCUUCAAGAGAAAGGAUCAUCUCAUACAGCAUCUCAGAUUGGUUCACAAGGUUGACACCAUUCCAACCAUCGGAGAGUGGAAGCCUCCGGAGCUUCCCAUCAAGUCGCGUUGCGGAUUUUGCGACACCAAGAUGAACGAUUGGAAGGCUCGAGCUGAUCAUUUGAGCAAGCAUUUCCGAGAAGGANAAAAGAUGUUGGAUUGGCGGGGAACACAUGGUUUCGAACCACACGUCGCUCAACAAGUCACAAACUCGAUGCCUCCUUUCCUAAUUGGCUCCGAAUCGAAGACGCCGGUUCCAUUUUCUGCGACCAAACCUGGGCAUUCGGAGCUUCUGGCACAAAUUUCUUCAAGAGCUGCCCUGAAUGAUGCAGCAAACAACAGCAACAGUGUUGUGGCAGAUCCAUCGCCUUCACCUGACAAUCGUCCGGCUGAGAACAACCAACAGUUCAAGACAGCAUGGGAAAUUCUAACCUUCCAUCUCGGUCGUUUUGCUCAGGAGAAAAUCAAGGCUGGCAUCGUACCUACAGACGAGAUGUUUCAGCAAGAAUCUCGCCGGCUGUGGUUUGAUAGUGACGAUCCUUGGAACCAGACAUUCGCUGAUGACACGCAAUGGAUGGAGAUCUUCCGACAAGAACAUGGUCUCCAUGGUAGUGGCGAUACCCCUGACACUACUUGA